AUGAAUUCAAGGUAUCGUCACCUACAACAUCACCUACAACAUCCUACAACCCUGGUAGAAACACGUAGUAAAACACCUCACGUUUUUCACUUCGCCUGCCUUCACCGUCCCUGCAACCUCAGGUUGCGCGCAAACGGUCUCCAGUCCUUACAGGGCACGUCGGUGUGUGAUCUCAUCUCGCGCGCGAACCACUCGUGCCGACCGAAUGCCACACUCUGCCCUGAGGAGUCGGGCAUCAUCCGUUUGGUGGCCUCGACUUCCUUGAAGCCAGGCGAUGAGGUGCUCAUCUCCUACCUUUCGGGCGAGGACUUGUUGCGCCCCACCUGGGCACGGCAGCGGGAGCUGCAACGUGGGCCCUGGGGCUUCACCUGCGCCUGCACGCGCUGCGCCGCGCCCGACGACGCCCGCGGCAUGCGCUGCGCGCGCUGCGGAUCUGGUUGCCACUUCCCGCAUCCCGAUGGGCGCUGGACCAACUGCACUGCCUGCGGCUUGGCCGCCGGCGAAGGAGCGCGCUCCUUCGAGGAGGUAGAAGACGACUGGCAUCAAGAGCUUUCGCAAUUGGACCGCCUGAGCGAUGAAACCGCCGCGGGCGUCCGAGCACUGGAGCUCUACCGGAAGCUCUGCCAGGCAUCAGGCCACGCGAACAUCACGGGCGGCGGCCACGCGAACAUCUUGGGUCAACACUGGAUCAAAGCCUGGGCCGCGCGCGCCUGCGCCCAGUCGACGGCGGUGCCGCCAUUGCGCGCGGCGGCGGCGGCGAGGCAGUUGGCGAAGUUUGUCACCUGCCUCCGCGGAGAGAGCACCUCGCUGCUGCACGCCGAGGCGCUGCUGCUGCGCGCCGAGGCGCUGCAGCGCCUCCCCGCGGAAGCGGCGAGGUCGAGCACGGCGCGGGCGGCCCAAGCAGGUCGUUUGGUGCGCGCCUGGUGUCAGCAGGCGCUCGAUGAGGCGGAACCCUUGGCAGGAGCACAUCAUCCCAUGGUGAGGCAUUUGAAGGAGCUGCUCCAAAGAGAGGAGCCUGACGCCGAAGAGCCGCAGCGGUCUGCGAAAAGAAAGCGGUCGGCGAUCGGCGGUUGGAGGGUUCGGGCAGUGGCGGAGCGGUCGGAGCGGCAGCGUGGGAUCCUUCACGACUUCCGGCCGGAGGUCUUGCCUUCCACAGCAUCCUUCGCUUUGGUGCUUCUCUUUUUAGAGGUGGGAGUGGCGAAGAUGGGUUUCUACGUGGUGGGCAGCGCCGUGCCAUUCUUGGAGAUCAUGGCGAAUUGCAGCUACAAGUACGUUCAAGUCACCUUCAUGGUCAUUGCCAGGAUAUUGACGGGGCCGAACAUGUGCCUGAGCUGCACCGUUCGAACCGUGCACGAGCGGUGCACUUCGUGA